AUGUCAACUUUAGAGCCACAAACAAGUGCUAAAGCUAGGAUACAUACAACCAAAGUUCCAAUCGACGUUGAGUUAUGGGCAAAAGAAGCACCAAUUACGUGUCGCAUCUUCCUCACAAAUGUCUUGAAUCAAAAAUUUAAUGGCUGGUUAUUCAACAGAGUUUUAACAAAUUUUAUCGUUCAGGUUGAUGGUUUAUUGAAUCAAGAGUUACAUGAAGAUGAAUUCAACUCAAGGAUAAGAUUUAACAAACGUGGAUAUCUAGGAUCAAUUAAUCUAGGUUCCAGAAAUUCAAACACAGGAAAGUUUUUCAUCACUUUAAAAGAUACACCAGAAUUAAACAAUAAAAAUACCAUAUUUGGUAAAGUUGUUGGCGAUUCAAUAUUCAACGUCAUCAAAAUAAGUGAAGGUGAAGUAUCUGAUGAUGGGGAAACUCCAUUAUACCCUGUAAAAAUCACUAAAAGUGAAAUAUUGGUGCCAUACUUUGAUGAUCUAGUGAAAGAAGAGGUAUCUGAUAAACAACCAAAAGAAACAAAUUUGAAAAAAACUAAAAAGAAGAAGCCAAAAGUGAAGCUUAGCUUAGGAGUCGAUGGGGAAGAAGGAGAGGAAGAUACAGAGCCAGUAAAGAAGAUCAAAAUGAAAAGUGCACAUGAAUUGUUAAAUGAUAAGAAAUUAUCAAAAGAAGAAGCUAAAGUUGAAGAAACCCCCUCACCACAAGCUGUGUUAGAAGAUAAAGAAGAGAGUCUUAAAAAAGUGAAGGAUGAUGUUAGACUUGAAGAUAAAGCUAGAAAUGAGGAGCUACAAAAGUUACAAGAAGAAAUUGAAGCUAAAAAGUCAGCACUUGAAGAAGAUAGCAAGACACCAGAACCAGAUAAUAACUCCAACAACAAGAAGAAAGGUAAAUCAGAUAAACAACUCAGAGAAUUAGAGACUUUGAAGCUAUUAAAUUCGUUUAAAAAUAAGAUUGGAAAUUCAACACAUAAUGAUAGAAGUACAAAGAAAGACAUUAAUGAUGAGAAAGAACAUUUUUCAGAUCGUGAUGAUGAUUUCGAUAAUUUGGAUGAUUCAGAUUCAGAUACUGAUAUAUACAGUCAUUCUUUGAAAUUUGAAGAUAAUGAAAAGAAUAAAGACAUAGCAAAUGAAGAUCUUUUGAUAACUAUUGACGAUGCUAAGGAUCGUGAAUUGAAGAAAAGAAGGAAUGACGAUUUCUAUAAAAAUCAAGAAUCUUCAUCAAUUUUACAGAAAAAAUUCAAAAGAUAG